UGUUCGUGUUGAGAAAUCACGCGUACCUGAUCUUCGGUCACUCAUGGCGGAAUGCCAGACAAUUUUGGCCCAUGGACAGAGACUUUCUGCAAAACAAUAGAAACGACUGGAUCAAGACUAGACGGACAGUCUUGAAAUGGGAAGACAUUAAGAUGCGAAUGGAGAGGUGCACCAGCGACGAUGUUUCUAUGGUGUGAGCGACAUUCCCCAACAGCGUGCAUUUAUUCCUGAGUGUUGUGACUGAGGAGAAACACCAGAAACGUAGUAAGCUCUUGGUUCCAUUUGAAGAAAGUGUCAAGCGGGUGCGUCACAACGAUGACAGUGACAUUGCCGGUGAAAUUACAGAUGAUAGUGAAACGGAUGAGUUAAGUGACAAUGGAGAACAACAAGAGGAUCAAAUGCAAUGUGUAAGGUUUCAAGUGGUAACGGAGGAAGAAAAACGAAACAGCAGCAGCAACAUUGGCGCAGUAAAGCAUGAAGAAGAAAUCAUGAGCGACGCCAUGAGCAGCGGUAGCAGCAUCAGCUGCGGUAGCGGUGGUGUGAUAAUAGAAGAGCCUCAAGAGCACCUGCAGCGCCUUCGGAGCCAGGAACUGCGGAACGAGCAGCAACGUGUCCAAUUUACUGUAAUUGACACUAUUUUUCAUGAUGUUAAUGUUGAACAUGAUUGUGCUAUGUUAAUGAAUAGUAUAGAUAUACAAGAUGUCAUUGUAAUUAGUGACGAAGAGGAUAACUAGGCAUGUGUGUAUAUAGUCAAUAAAUAAAAAUUCAGUAUACACUCGGCUACGGUAGCGGUGGUGUGAUAAUAGAAGAGCCUCAAGAGCACCUGCAGCGCCUUCGGAGCCAGGAACUGCGGAACGAGCAGCAACGUGUCCAAUUUACGGAGGAUGAGGAUUACCUGUCGGUUACUGCCGAAGAUCUCCACCUGGACGAUUUUGUAAACGACGACACUAUUUUCGAAAUAGUGAACAUGAACAUACAAGACUUAACGGCUAUAGUCUUGCGUGAAUUUACAAACGAGGACUUUGCAGUAUGCGAAGUGAAUGCACAGGACCAGAUCCUGGAAACAAAGAACGUAACGGUGCGACCGUCUAACCGGCACAGGAGACGACAGCCAAAUUCCAAUUGUAGUGAAUACGGUGCCAUGCGAAAGUCUAAACGUAGGCGAAAGCCCAGCUCCAAGUAUGGUAUAGAGUAUGAUACACAAACUCGACGAAAAUCGAAAAAGAAGGCAUUAGACUUGAAAAAGAUGAGUCUGGAAGAGUUUCAGAAUUUUUUGCGAAGCGAUUCUACAUUGGAGGAUAGCUCAAAUGAUGAAAGUACAACAAUGCCGUUAGAAGAUCACUGCUAUAGCCGCAGCAUCGCGUAAAAAAAAAUUAAAGUUGUUCAUUCCAUCAUAGCAGCUAUAUAUAUAUACGAAUUGUAUAUAUAUAUAUGUUAUAAAUUCCAUCACAACGGCUACAUGAGAAUUGUUAAUAAAAAAAAAUUAUACAUUCCAAGGCAUUAGACUUGAAAAAAAAAGAUGAGUCUGGAAGAGUUUCAGAAUUUUUUUUGCGAAGCGAUUCUACAUUGGAGGAUAGCUCAAAUGAUGAAAGUACAACAACGCCGUUGGAAGAUGUAAAAAAAAAAUUAAAGUUGUUCAUUCCAUCAUAGCAGCUACAUAUAUACGAAUUGUAUGUAUAUAUAUAUAUUGUAAAUUCCAUCACAACGGCUACAUGAGAAUUGUGAAUAAAAAAAAUUAUAUAUUCCACCACUAUGUGUGCAUGUGUGCUCAACUCGGUCGUCCGUUUUUUUUUUUCAACAAAAGUCUCGGGUGCAAUCUUUAUUCCCUCUUCGUGUAAUGUAGCAGCAGGAUCUUUAUUCCAAAGACUUGGACUCGGGGUGGUGCAGUAGGAUCUUUAUUUUUUUGUCACAGACGCAGUCACAUGCGCAAUCAAGAUUCAGGUGCAAUGUAAUAGACGUUUGUCACAGAUGCAGUCACAGGCGCGGUCAAGAUUCAGGUGCAAUGUAAUAGACGUAUGGAUUGGCGUCGCGUACGAGUAACUUGUAUGUAGCGGGAUCGUACUGUAAAGAUGACUUGAUCAAGCGACCACCGACGUGCUUGCGAGUUGCAAUCCGAACCAUAUCCCAGGUGCUCUCUUUAUGUCUCAGCCUGGAAUAGUACGGGGACGCGAGUAAUGCUUUGGUGACGUGCUCGUUCUUACGCUCAUAAGGACGCGCAUUAGCCUCGUUCCGCACGCUGGUCGUAGUACACGCAUCCGUCAUACACCAGCGAACCAACAACAACAACAACAAAGGAAACAGUUCCUACAAGAGACAGAGAAUAGAUUUCGUGUUCUGGGAAGGAAAAGGUAUGGAAUGUAACGACGACUUCAAGGCUUCAUUUGAACGUUCCAUCUGUCUGCCCAUGACUUGUCCUCCUGACCAAUCACAUGCCACCGUAAUUCUAGACAUGAAUGACCCGGGCCGCAUGCUAUUCGAUCGUCGGAUACGAUACAGUGUGGAUACGCAUCCUCCGUCAAGCACUACCACCAGUACCGCUGCUACAGCACCAACAACGACGACGUCGACUACAACGCCGGCGUGGUGGACGUCCACUAGAAGUCUACUGGGAGGCAGAUUCACACCGAGCGAGAUGGUCGCGAUCAGCAAAGUGUUCACCACAGAGAGAAUAGGCGGCUGCAAACAAUACGACGGGGCCAGAGCGGUGGUAUACGCGUAUAUGUCCACGCAUCACAGCAUGCACGUGUUUGAGGCUAUUACCGUUACAUAUAUGACUGAUGUUCCCACACGACGGUGUUACUCGUCGUACAGAGAUCUGGUCAACGACCGCAUGGGCUGGGCCGCUUCCAUGCACAGACGCCCCACCAACGAGUGGACGCGAAGAGACGUCCUUCGCAUCGUGACAGACACCGCCGCGUGUGUGUUAUCGGGCGGCAUCGAUUUGAAGGCCCCGAUUCAAUCGGUGACACCAGUGACUUUCGAGACACUAGCGUAUCUAAAGAUCCUAACGAAUGAAAGACCCAUCACGGUAGGUGAACGAGCAUGCACUAUGGGACUUCAUGCUUUUGUGGAACACCACUACGAGAAGAAUAUGGACGCGCGACGCGUGGACGGUCUGGCCCAAGUUCUAGCUCGCAACGUGAUCAACGGUGCUGCCGUGAUACAAGCCGUGUUGAACGACGAUCCCAAUGAGGACAAAACAGCCCGGUGGUGCAAAAUCAGAGACAGAAUAGGCGUUGACAACAUGGACGAUUUGUUGGAGAGAUUGGGCGUUAUGCUUUUUUGCAGCGUAACACCAACCUAUAGAGCAACCACAAAUUGCAGUAUAAUCGUGUAAAUAAAGAAUUAUUAUUAUUGCAAUCGGAGUGUGAUUGUCAUAUAUAUAUAGACGUUCGUUGUGUAACGGCAAUGGAUGUCGUUCAGCCGCUUAUUAUUCGCGUAUCCUCCAUAUGCAACAGUGUAUAACGCCGCUGUAUUGGAAUCGUGUUAAAAAAAAAAUGACAGUGUGGACAAGCAGAAACAUGUCUAGGCAUACAUACUUUUUUUUAUUUGUUUUUCAAAUGUUCGUUCGUAUCAUCGUCUACUUUACACACACACACACACACACACACACACACACACACACACACACUUACUGAUAAUUCUUGGCACUGCGUGGUUUUUUUUAAUGUUU